AUGACUGCCACUGCAAAGACUAUGAAUCAAUUGCAUGCAAUGCUGGUUAGUGCUGAGAAACAAAUCCCUAAGGAACCUAAGAAGGAAGUUCUUAUGAUUCAAAAGGGAAAGGGGUUCAAGAAGAAGGGGCAAAAGGCUAGUGCCAAGACCAAGGGCAAGCAAGUUGCCAAGGCUCCUGAAAAGCCUAAGACGACUCCAAAGCCCAAGGCUGCAAGUGAAAGUGAAUGCUUUUACUGCAAGAAGAAGGGGCAUUGGAAGCGAAAUUGCCAGAAAUACCAUGACUUCCUCGAGAAGAAUGGAGCAUCAACCUCAGACUUAGGAGAUGUUGAAUACAUAUUGGGAAUUAUGAUCCAUGAAGUGAAUCUUGAAGAAUGA